AUGUCGGACCCGGUUAUUUUGCACAUCUCGAAAACGUUCACCUCCAUCCCGCUCACCCUCGCCGAAUCGCCGUCGGUCCCCCCCGGCGAAUCUCGCCGAGACGAUGUCGACAUACCCCAGCCGGAGUCGGAUCGCGUAACGGAGAGGGAGCGACAGCUCGAGGAACGGGUGCGCCAAUAUGAGAAAGAGGAAGCCGCUCGCAAGCCCAUGACCCAAGAGCAGAAGCAGGCCGCGGCCAAAGCAGAAUACGAAAAGCUGCUGACCAUGCGAUCGGGCGGCACAUAUAUUCCCCCGGCACGCCUCCGCGCGCUGCAAGCCGAGAUCACGGACAAAUCCAGCAAGGAGUACCAGCGCAUGGCAUGGGAGGCAUUGAAAAAGUCGAUCAAUGGGUUGGUCAACAAGGUCAACGUUUCCAACAUCAAAUUCAUUGUCCCCGAACUAUUCGGAGAAAACCUCACUCGAGGACGGGGCCUCUUCUGCAGAUCUAUUAUGAAGGCACAGGCGGCCAGUUUGCCCUUUACCCCCAUCUAUGCCGCAAUGGCCGCUAUUGUCAAUACGAAGCUGCCCCAGGUGGGCGAAUUGUUGCUGUCUCGCUUGGUCACUCAGUUCAAGAAGGCGUUCAGGCGAAAUGACAAAGUCGUCUGCAUCUCGUCCACGACAUUUAUUGCACAUCUUUGCAACCACCAGGUUGUGCACGAGGUGCUCGCUGCACAGAUCCUAUUGCUUCUUCUCAACAAGCCGACCGAUGACAGUGUUGAAAUCGCAGUGGGACUGACUCGAGAAGUUGGCCAGCACUUGGAGGAAAUGAACGCGCCCAUCGCGCACGCCGUCUUUGACCAAUUCCGGAGCAUUCUGCAUGAAGCCGGUAUCGACAAGCGCGUGCAAUACAUGAUCGAGGUGCUCUUCCAGGUGCGCAAGGAUCGAUACAAGGACAACCCAUCAAUCAAGGAUGAGCUCGAUCUGGUGCCAGAAGAAGACCAGAUCACCCACCAGCUCACCCUGGAAGAUCAAAUCGAGACGCAAGACACCCUCAACAUCUUCAAAUAUGAUCCGGAGUGGGAGAAGACCGAGGAGGAAUACAGGAGGCUGAAGAGUGAAAUUUUGGGCGAGGACAGCGACGAGGAAGACGGGGAUGAUGAUGACGACAAUGAGGAUGAGAGCUCGGAUGAUGAAUCGGAUGCAGAGGAGCAGAAGAUGGAUAUCAAGGACCAGACCAACACCGACUUGGUCAACCUGCGCCGGACGAUCUACCUCACGAUCAUGUCGAGUAUCGACUUCGAAGAAUGCUGCCACAAAUUGAUGAAGAUCAACCUCCCAGCUGGCCUGGAGCCGGAGCUGCCAUCGAUGAUCGUCGAAUGCUGCUCUCAAGAGCGGACAUACUCCAAGUUCUACGGACUGAUCGGCGAACGGUUUGCUAAGAUCAACCGCCUCUGGUCGGAUCUGUUCGAGGCUUCCUUUGCCAAUUACUAUGACACUAUUCACCGCUUUGAUGCAAACCGGUUGCGUAACAUUGCACGGUUUUUCGGACACAUGAUCAGCAAUGAUGCCAUCGGAUGGCACGUUCUGUCUGUGAUUCACAUGAACGAGGAGGAAACCAAUUCGAGCAGCCGUAUCUUCAUCAAAAUUCUAUUCCAGGACUUGUCAGAGCACCUUGGCUUGCCCAACUUGCAGGCUCGAUUCCGUGAUGAAAUCCUUCGACCCAGCUUCGAGGGUAUAUUCCCCACAGAGAACCCCCGACACACCCGGUUCUCUGUCAAUUAUUUCACCAGCAUCGGCAUGGGUGUGUUGACAGAGGACAUGCGCGAGCAUCUCAAGAAUCUUCCUCGUCCGGCGGUGCCAGCAUUGCCAGCCGCCCCGGCUCUUCUCGUUCCUAUUCUCGCUCCCGCUCCCGCUCCUACUCUCGCACCCCUUCCAGGGAUCGCAGCCGUUCUUAUUCCCGCUCCAUCUCGCGGUCUUCGCGGGGCCGUAGCUACACUCCAUCUCGUUCCCGGUCCCGCUCACGGACCCCGGUUCGUCGUGGUCGACGUGCUUCGUACAGCCGUUCCCGAAGCCCGUCUGAUCGGUCGCGGUCUCGAUCGCGGUCUCGAGGACGCUCCUACUCACGCACUCCCAGUCGUAGUCCGUCUCGAUCUGUCACACCGCCGCGCCGCGGACAAGCUCCCUCUAGUCGACGUGCUCGCAGCUACUCGAGAUCUUUGUCUCGUUCCGUGA